AUGUCUGCCUCGCCUUUCGAUGACUUCUCCAAAGGUUUGAGCCGCGCCUUCGAGUUCAUCGUCGACCCGUUCCACCUGAAGAAAAAGGCUGAAAAGGAUGCCACCGCCCCAUUCGACCAACCUUACCUCGAGCCGACGCGCUGGUUCCUGACUGAAGACGAAAUGCUAAGGUCUCGCAACGGAUCCAAGCGCGAAGGCAUGCACCUGUAUUCCACGGGUAACCGUGUGAAACUUUAUGUUGCUUCUGCUGGUUACUUCAGCGACGUAGCCGAUGACAUGAACUCCGUGCGCGACGGAGAUCUAGUGUACCUCACCGGGUGGGGAACCUGCAAUGUGCCGUUUAAGCCGCACGAGCCCGAUACGAAGCUAUGCGAUCUAGCUGAGGGUGCAGUGAAGCGUGGUGCUGACUGGCGUAUGCUCGUGUGGUCCAACCUCACGGAGCGUGCACAGAAUCACGAGGUGCGCGACCUCAUCAAUUCUCUGCCGCCGCCAGAGAAGUACGGCCCGGCCCGCUUCGUGUACGAUGACCGCCUGCCGUUCCCUACGUCGUCGCACCACCAGAAGUCGGUGAUUGUACGCAAGGGCCGCGAUCUCGUCGCUUACGUAGGCGGUGUCGAUCUCACUAAUGACCGCUGGGAUACUAUUGAGCACGAUCAGGCCGAGCUGCGGGAACGCACAGGCAUCAAAUGCCAGUGGAAUGGCUGGCUGGACGCACACGCGCGUGUUGAAGGGCCGUCGCAGGAUCUGAUGAACGACCUGCUGGACUUCGAGAACCCGGCCUACUCCAACCUGCCGCCCAUUGACGAGGGUGAGAUCCCGAUCGACAUCCCGCAGGAUGGCACCCACGCCGUCCAGCUGUGCCGUACUUUCAGCCCGGACUACGACCACUACGGCUUCGCGCCGCAGGGAGAACAGUCCAUCUUCCACGCUCGCAUUAAGGCCAUCCGCAACGCGCAGAACUACAUCUUCAUCCAGGACCAGUACUUCAUCCUGGUGCCGGAGCUUCUGGACACUAUCAUGGAGAUGAUGCCCAGCAUUGAGCGUCUCAUUGUCAUCAUGCAACGCACCGUUGAGGCCGAAUACACGGGUUACGCUAAGUAUCUAUAUGACAUGGUCGCUCCGAUCCAAGAAAAAUACCCGGACAAGUUCAAGCUCUACACGACCAAGGAGUCGAAGCAGCUCUACAUCCACAGCAAGCUGGUGAUUGUCGACGACGUGUACGUGUCGCUGGGCUCGGCCAACUGGAACCGCCGCAGUAUGACGAGCGACUCGGAGAUCGGUAUCAACAUCGUGGACACGGAGCUGGUGCAGUCACCUGACAACAUCACGGUGAACAAGCUGGCGCGUGACUUCCGUAUCCAAAAGUUCAUGGAGGCGACGAAGCUCACGUACGACGAGCUGGACGCGAUGACUUUCUUUGAGGCUUGCGACGCGCUGGAGACUGCGGCGCACGACGACGGCUCCAGUCUGAUCGAGCCGUACGCUGUUGAAUUUAAGCCGCAAUUCAACCUGGUCUCGGAUGGUUGGCGUCAAGUCAUCGACCCGGAUGUGGUCCCCGAAGAUGACCCGGCCAAGAAAAUCAAGAACUUUUUCAACGAACGCAAGAAUGCCGAAAAGUAGAAGUUGAGAUGAAGCUGACGAGUGAAUUCUUGUGUUAAAUAAUCAAAAUGACGAGUGAAUUCUUGUG